GCUUUAAGUAUUGUUGGCCAUUUUGAAAUGUAUAGUCAGGCGCUCAAGGGGCGGGGCGUUCCAUUUUUGUUCCCCGACUGGAAACUCUGAAAUCCCGACUUCGGAAAGUUACUGGAACGCAGCACCAACUCUCUUAUUUAUUUUCUGCUGUGAGUCUCAUUUGGAAGUGGAGAAGAACAUCAUGGCACGUCUGGUAGCUGUUUGCAGGGAAAAUGAGGAGGACUACCCUUUUCUUGCCAGACAGAUCCCUCUGUAUAUCGAUGACGUUUGGACGAUGGUGAUGGAGUUUGCUGAGAGUGGCAUGGAUAUGGACAAACAUGUAAUUAGUACUUCCCAUUGGAAACAAUUUGCAGAGGGUCGCCACAAGUUGAUGGAGCAGGACCUGACGAUGGCCCUGACGGUGCCAUCAAGGGCGUUGUACAGGGCCUUAUCCCAGAUGGUGCCGUGCGUGGGCUGCAGACGCAGUGUGGAGCGCCUCUUCUCCCAUUUAGCGGAGUCGGGGACCCCGGCUUUGGAGCCGCUCACAGUGAAGCCCACAGGAAUGCUGUCUGUCACCAGGGCUUGUUUAGCAGAUAUCAGGAAGCUAUACAGCCUCUUCUACAUCCAAGGGUCAAAGUUGAACGAUGUGAUUAACGCCAUUCCCAAAAGUAAAAAGAGCAACCGAUGUCAGUUACACUCCUUGGACACGAACAAACUCAGACCUUUGGGAGGGAGCUGGAUGGACGUGUGGGAGCGGAUGUCUCAGGAGUGCCGAGAUGAGGUGGUGCUGGUCGACAGUGCCUGUCUUUUGGAGACGCUGGAGACGCACUUGCAAAAACACAUGUUUUGCACCGAGUGUAAGAAUAAAGUGCUGAGGGCAUAUAACAUCCUGGUUGGGGAGGUGGACAGCAGUGAAGAGAAGGACUAUUGCGCUGCGUUGUAUGAGGGACUGUGCUGCUGCCCUCGCGAGCGCCACAUCCACGUGUGCUAUGAGACUGACUUCAUCGCUCAUCUCCUCAGUCGAGCUGAGUCGGAGUUUGCCGGAGGCUAUGAGGAGAGACAUGCCAAGACCAUUGACAUUGCACAAGAAGAAGUCCUGACUUGUUUGGGCAUUUAUCUCUAUGAGCGACUGCACCGAAUCUGGCAGAAACUCCGAGCAGAAGAGCAGACGUGGCAGAUAUUGUACCAUCUGGGCAUUGAUGAACUGCGCAAAAGCUUUGAGAUGGCAGUGGAGAAGAUUCAGGGGUUCAGUCGGCUUGAGCAGUUUGUGGAGGAGCAGUCCGAGAAGGAAAGAGCCAAACAGCUGAAGCAGGAGAAAAAGAGACAAAAACGGAAAAUUCGACGCAAAAACAAGUGUGGCCUUGACAACCAGGAAGAAGAGCUCAAGGAAGAGUGUCACAAGGAGGCUUCUCUUGAGGCUGGGGAGCAUUGUUGCAAUGCGUGUGGGGGCCAUGACGAGGGGCCGUCAAUCUGCGAGGAGAACAGUUCUGCCAAUGCAAGCGCAUCCCCAAGCUGUCCAGGAAAACGAGAUUUGACUUCCCACAGCACCGGUAGCGAUUGUGGCUACUCCUCAAGCAUCGAGGGCAGUGACAACAGCUCACGGGAAGGUUCGGAUAUCGCUUGCUCCGAGGGGCUCUGCAACCACGAUGAAAGAGGUCUGACAUGUGAGACAAACGAACACCACUAUGCCGAAAACAGAGAAGAGGAGGCCACGGACAGCUGUGUUGACUGCUGGCCACAGCCCGAGGAAAAGCCGCAAUGCAAGAGUAAAAAGAAGAAAAGAAAGGGGAAUAGCUUAUGUAAGAAUCAGGGAUACAAACGUGGAGACUGUGCCUCAGGGGGGAAGAUGAAUCACAGUGCGCCAUCAUCUCACGUACGCCAAAGCCAACCUCUAAAGUCCUCCUCAUGCUGUGAUGAGACACAAGAUAGUUUUGCACUAGACUUGCCAUGGAUGGUACAUGGGAGGAACCUCAGCCUUAAUGCAAAACACCCAGAGGCCAACAUGAGUCUAAUGGACCUCCUGGAUGACUCGGAAGUGACGUCAGACGAGGAGAACUGUCUCACCCAGGAUGAAAUUCAGUCAUUUCUCAAAAGACAUCAGCUGUUCUACAACAACCGUCACAAGUACCGACAGCACCUCAAGGAGAAGUUCACCAGCUACUGCUGCGCAGCCGAGGGAAAGACCGUCUGUGGCAACUGGUUUGCCACCACCAGUGUGAAUUAAGUUUGCGCCCGUGAGAUCAGACUCUUACUUUCCAACAGGAGUGGUGAUGGAUUCUCAAUGGCUGGAGGUGGCGGGGCGCUCUGGCAUUCAAGAGCACGCUGAAACAGCACCUCGAGCUUUGUCAUCUGUGAUGUAGUCUUAUGGGAGGGUUUUCUUUGUCUCACAUUCUCUGUGGUGAUGGCUGCACUAUGAAGUGUGUGUAUAGAAAUUCUAAAUAGGUUUUAAGAGAUUAACAUCCACUUACGACGAGCAUUUGGGUGUGACAUGAGCAGAAUGGGAAAUGGACUAAAUAAAGGAUAUUUAUUAAUCUGCA